UCCUGGAAACACCCCCAGAACCUCCAGUCUCUGACACCAUGUGCAACUCCUCUUGUGGCUCCUGCUGCUCUGGCCAGGGCUGUGGCUGCUGCCAGCCCAGGUGCUGCCAGCCCACCUGCUGCAGGACCACCUGCUGCCGCCCCAGCUGCUGUGUCUCCAGCUGCUGCAGCCCCUGCUGAUGCCAGUCCAUCUGCUGCAGGACCACUUGCUGCCGCCCCAGAUGCUGUGGCUCCAGCUGCUGCAGCCCCUGCUGUGGUGGUUCCAGUGGCUGUGGUUCCUGCUGCUGUCGCUCCACUUGCUGCCAGACCACCUGCUGCAGGACCACCUGCUGCCAGCCCAGGUGCUGCCAGACCACCUGCUGCAGGACCACCUGCUGCCGCCCCAGCUGCUGUGUCUCCAGCUGCUGCAGCCCCUGCUGUGGUGGCUCCAGUUGCUGCCUCCCCAGCUGCUGUGGCUCCAGCUGCUGCAGCCCCUGCUGUGGUGGUCCCAGUGGAUGUGGAGGUUCCAGUGGCUAUAGCUCCUGCUGCUGUCACCCUACCUGCUGCCGCACCACCUGCUGCAGCACCACCUGCUGCCGACCCUGCUGCUGUAUGGCCAGCUGCUGCCGCCCAAGCUGCUGCUGUGGCUCCUGCUGCUGCCGCCCCUGCUGCCUUCAGACCACCUGCUGCAGGACCACCUGCUGCCGACCCUGCUGCUGUGUGGCCAGCUGCUGCCGCCCAAGCUGCUGCUGCUAGUCUCUGUGCCGCCAGCCCAAUUGCUACUAGCUGCCCCACCACUUCAUUCCUCUCCUCCUGCUCCACUGCUUCUUGUGCUCAGCACCUGCACCUGCCCCCACCACCACCCCACCCCACUGCUCUUCAACUAACAGACUUGAUGGAGUCCAUCUCUGGGCACAGUCAGCACAGGCCACUUACAAACCUUCAUUCCAAAGGGUGGUUUGAUAGCGUUUGGCCUCCACAUGGGUAGCCUCUCCUCCACCAUGUUAUCAGCUGUCUUCCAAAUAAAAAGAAGUUCUCUUUUCCCUAAAUCUGUCUGCUCUCAAGUUACCCCAUGGA